AUGCCCUCAAGCGACUCCACACGCCCUGCCUCUGCCUCUUCCUCAACGCCAAAGGACCAACAACAGCAACAACAAGAACCCCUCACCGACCUCCAGAGGAUCCGCAAGCAACUCGAAGAAGAAGCCGCACAAAGACCGCGACCGCCACACAUCGACGCUCCAGACUACGUGCAUCACUUCGAUACCUACGGCCUUGUCAAACGCCUUGAAGAUGGCGGAUGGUCGCAAGCCCAGGCCAUCACAAUCAUGAAAGCCACCCGCACCACUUUAUCCGAAAACAUUGAUCUGGCUCGUAACGCGCUUGUCAGCAGGUCCAACGUCGAAAACGAAGCCUAUCUUUUUCGCGCCGCUUGCUCAGAACUGCAUACCGAAAUCAUGACCAAGCGACGCGCAGAAGCCGAACGAGCACGCACCGAACGCACCCGCCUCGAACACGAAGUCGACAUCCUAUCACAACGCAUGUCCCAAGACGCAGGCAACAUGAAAGACGAACUCAAAGGCAUGUUUGACGACCGCAAGAUGGGCGUGCAGAACGAACAACGCGACAUUGAGCGCAAAAUCCAAGAACUCAAUUAUCGCAUCACCGUGCUGCUCAACUCGGACUCGAGAUCUGAUGUCGAAGGCGUACGAUGGAUCAUCACCAAACGCGCUGGAGUGGCAUUGCUCACUUGCGUCCUCAUGAUUUUGGGAUCGAUCAAGUUUGCGAGUACGGCUGCUACUUGGGCUGAAGAGGAAAAGAAGCGGAUUGCGGCUGUUAAUGCUGCGUCUGCAAAUAACAAUAAUUCUUUCGGAGGUACUGCUUUUGGUGGCAUGGCCUUUGGUGGUGGAGGGGCUAUGAUGAGCAACGAGGAAGAGUUGGGUCAAGGGGAGAUUUUGGUGCGGCAGGGUGACAAUCCCGCGUUUGUUUCUUUGGGUUGA